GGCACUAGCAAGCAGUCAAUAAUCAGCUUUUUGCAGCCCGCUCGCCUAUAGAUCACUAGCGAACAGCUCUGAUAGGCUCCACACAUCUCUUGACACGUUACGCGUCGAGCCCGUAGCUCCGAGACGCGCCGCUGCCCUAGCCAGCUGACAGGCCAGCCAGCCCCUCGCAUCGCCGCGCCCGGCGCACGCGCCACCGCACGGACGCACUCACCAGCGCCGCGACAAGACGCCGGCCAGCGCGCCGACGCAGCGCGCAACUGCCUAACCCGCGAGAGCACAAGCCACGAUGUUCGACCAAGAUCGCGUCAAUAGUAAGCAUGGCGGCGGCGGCUUGCAGUCUUCCGAGCAGGCGAACUUGGAUAGACGAGAGAGAUUGAGGAAAUUAGCGCUAGAAACGGUGGAUUUGAAUAAAGACCCGUACUUUAUGAAGAACCACCUCGGGAGUUACGAAUGUAAAUUGUGCUUGACCUUGCACAACACGGAGGGGAAUUACUUGGCGCAUACGCAAGGGAAACGCCACCAGCAAAACUUGGCGAGAAGAGCAUUUAAAGACGCGCGCGACGCGCCUAUCUUACCAACCCCGGCCAAGUACGUUGAGAAGAGACACGCCAUCAAGAUCGGGCGGCCGGGCUACAAGGUCACGAAGUCGCGGGAUGCGUCGAGUGGCCAGCGCGCGUUGCUCUUUGAGGUCGACUAUCCGGAAGCGGAUGCGACGGUGCAGCCGCGCCACCGCUUCAUGUCCGCGUACGAGCAGCGCGUCGAGCCGCCGGACAAGAACUACCAGUAUCUACUCUUCGCCUGCGAGCCGUAUGAAACGAUCGGUUUUAAAGUGCCAAAUGACGCCGUCGACAAGGGCGAGGACCGCUUCUUCACGAACUGGGACGUGGUGGGGAAGAAGUUUACGCUGUCCUUGCAGUUCGCCGACGAGGAUUUGCGGAAGACUACGCCGGCGCCUGGUUCGGGGGGCGGGAAGCACCGCGCGGACCUGCGCUACGACAUGAAGUACUAAGAAUCGUAGGUUA